CCCAAAUAUUUAUAAUAAAUUCUGUGUGUAAAAUAAUAAAAGUUAUAAGAUAUUAACUAAUGUUUAUAUUUAAUUACUUAUAGCAGAAUCGAAAAGGAGGAGCACUACAUACAUUUAUCACCGAUACUACUGAUAUUACUAAUAAUAUAUUACUAGUUGAAUAAAGGAUGCAAAUAUGAUUACUCACACACAUAUUAUAGAAGCAUUGGUGAAUAGCAAAGAAACGGAAUAAUCUUGUUUAAAAUACACAGAAAUCAAUUAAUUAAUCAGUUUUUAAAAAAUACACAUGAAAGUGAUGCUCCGUGUUAACUGGAACGGAAUCUGUUCAAUGUGUUUAAAUAACAUUAAUAAUAAUAAUUAUUAUUUUAGUGCCGACGACAUCAGCAUCAAAAACUGAACUGCCUCGAUCCCGAUCGUCACCUAUUUCCUCGAAACUGAGAAAAAGAAGACGACGAGGAAGAAGGCAUGGAAUCUCGUGAAGCCAGUCAUCACGGCCUAUUUGUUGUUACUGCUGUGCCAUUUUAUUUUAUCAGAUAAUAUUAGUCAGUUAUUUCAUCACCAUAUCAUAUCCUUUAAUUUUCUGAAUGACAACAAUCAGUGAUCCCUAUUUCGGAUUUGAAUCUUUUAAGAAUGAAACAACAACAACUACAACAACAACAAAAAAUGUCUGCGAGAGAAAAUCACAUGCAUAUGUGUACCCCCUGGAUAUAAUGUAUCUGUUGCAUGAUAUUGUAGCAUCAGGUGUGAUAUAAUCACUCAGUCAGUCAGUCAUCAAUCAAUCAACUUAACAUAACAUAAAAAUAGUCAAAUUGACUGAUAGCUAGCCGAGAGAGAGAGAAAGAGACAACAAUCACCAGUAGCAACAGAAGAAGAAAUGAGUGGAUCUAGACGUGGUCUUGUUGCACCACAGAAUACAUUUCUAGACAAAAUUAUCCGUCGAUGCAAUGGACAAUUUUAUAGUUUUGUACUGGCCAAUGCACGUAUAGUCGACUAUCCCAUUGUCUAUUGUAAUGAAGGCUUUUCACGGUUAACUGGUUACAGUCGUGUGGAUAUUAUGCAGAAGAGUGGAAGUUGUGCAUUCUUCUACGGGGAACAGACAACUAAAGAAAUGCGUGAACGUCUACUUAAGGCACUGGAUACUCAAACACCAGACCAAAUUGAAAUGUUAUUUUAUAAAAAAAAUCGUCUUCCAUUUUGGUUGCUUGUUUGUGUUGCUCCAGUAAGAAAUGAAUGUGAAGAGGUUGUACUCUUCUUGUUGGCGUUUAGAGAUAUAACAGCUCUGAAAACUCCGUUCGAAGAUGAGGAGACAACAAAAGGUUUAAGUAAAUUCGCUCGACUGGCUCGUUCAGUUACAAGAAAUCGUUCAGUGCUACAACAGCUGUCAGUAUCUCAAACAUCUUCACAGAACACAGGCAUGAGUUUGUAUCGAAGUAAUAGGCUAACAGCAUGUGGUGGGGGUGGAGGUGGGAGUGGUGGUGCCGGCAGCGGUGGUACUGACAGUGACGGUGGUCAAGUGGAACAGUACGGUUCACCGGGUCUAUCAAAUUUUCAAAAUCUCACCGCUAGUAACAGUUCACGAUUUCAUGACUCUGCAAGGUCAGAUCCAGAAAAAGCUGCAAUGUCCACAUCUUCAUGGAUUGAUUUAGUUCCACCGUAUAAACAAGAAGCCCCAAAAACCCCACCUCAUAUCAUAUUACAUUAUGUUGCAUUUAAAACUACCUGGGAUUGGCUGAUAUUAUUUUUAACCGGUUAUACAGCUGUCAUGGUACCAUUCAAUGCAGCAUUUAAGAGUAAAACAAUGGAUGAUGUCAGCUUUUUAGUUGUUGACAGUAUUGUCGAUGUGAUAUUUUUUAUAGAUAUUGUACUUAACUUUCAUACAACUUUUGUCGGUCCAAAUGGUGAAGUGAUAUCCGAUGCAACAAUUAUACGUAUUAAUUAUUUAAAAGGCUGGUUUAUAGUCGAUGUGUUAUCCUGUCUACCGUAUGAUGUAUUCAAUGCAUUUCAACCAGAAGCAACUCAGAGUACAAUUAGUUCAUUAUUUGGUGCAUUAAAAGUUGUUAGAUUAUUAAGAAUUGGUCGAGUUACACGUAAAUUGGAUCAAUAUUUAGAAUAUAUGGCAGCUAGUUUAUUAUUAAUGAUUUCUGGAUUUGUAUUACUUGCACACUGGUUAGCUUGUGUAUGGUAUAGUGUUGGUCAGACUGACUUGAAAAAUGGUAUUUAUUAUGGAUGGAUACCAAGAUUAUUGAAUGAUAUUGAUCAGGGAAAAUCAAUACCAACCAAUUGGACAAGUGGCAAUCCUCCACUUCCACGGACAAUGACUUAUGUAACAUCCCUGUACUUUACAUUAUCCCUGAUUACAAGUAUCGGUUUUGGUAAUGUAUCAGCUACAACAUUUGGUGAGAAAUUGGUUGCUGCUGUUUUCAUGCUUAUAGGAGCGUUUGGUUAUGCUACAAUUUUUGGUAAUGUAACAACAAUAUUUCAAGGAAUGUAUGCCACACGAUCACGAUAUCAUGAUAUGAUGGCGUCAGUGAAAGAUUUCAUUAAAACGCAUAGUGUUCCAAAAGAUCUAGCUGAACGUGUAAUUGAUUAUGUGACGUCAACAUGGGCGAUAACAAAAGGGAUAGACACAGCCAAGGUAUUAAAUUACUGUCCAAAAGACAUGAAAGCAGAUUUAUGCAUUCAUUUAAAUCGUAUGGUGUUCAAUGAGCAUCCAGCCUUUCGACUAGCCAGUGAUGGGUGUUUAAGAGCAUUAGCUGUUAACUUUAAUACUAUACACACAGCACCAGGAGAUUUAAUAUUUCAUCAAGGUGAAAGUAUUGAUCAACUAUGCUUUGUUGUCUCUGGUUCACUUGAAGUGAUUCAAGAUGAUGAAAUUGUCGCAUUUUUGGGUCGUGGUGAUGUAUUCGGUGAACCCUUCUGGAAAGAUCCCAACAGUAUGAGUCAUUCAGCGGCUACCGUCCGUGCACUCACCUACUGUGAUUUACAUUGUAUUAAAAAAGAUUGUUUAUUGCAAGUAUUGAAGUUCUACUCGGCAUUUGCAAACAGUUUUGCGCGUAAUUUAGUGCUCACAUAUGAUUUAAAAACACGGCUUAUUUUUCGUAAACUUGCUGAUGUCAGACGGGAAUAUGAACUGGCUGAACAUCGUAAAGCAGACAACGCUCUGUCUAGUCUGCGUGCAGACCAUCCCGUCAGACGUAUGAUUCACAAAUUCCGUCGGAUAGGCACGCAUAAUCAGUCGACAAAUGAUUCUCCAGUCGGUAGUGGCGGUGGCGGUGGCGGUGGAGGCGGGGGUGGAAGUGGUAUCGGUGGCCUAACUGACAGUGAAAUUAUGCGUAUAAGUCGUAAAUCAAUAACACUAGGCGAUUAUGAUGAUUUCGGUAAAGAAUUUGAUUACACUGUGAAAAGUGAAGAUAAACAAAGAAGUCAAAGUAAAGGGGAAAGUCCUAGUUCGUCAACUGUCAACAGUAAUAACAAUAAUACAACAACAACUACUCAUAAUAAUAAUAGUAACAAUAAUAAUAAUAACGGCAAUAGUAAUGCGGUAAGUGCAUUGGAUGAAAUCGCCUCUAGAUGGGGUAAACGUAUGGAGUUGAAAGGCAAUAAGACCAAUAAUAAUUCCACUGCAAUUCAACAAUCUCAUCCAACUAAUAAUAAGGAUUCAGCAAGUAACGAGAAUAAUAAUAGUUAUACGCCUGCAACCAGUAGUAGCAGUAACAGUAAUACAAACACAUCCAAGUCACUGUUACAAUCCAAAUGGGGCAGUCUAAUGAAAUCAUCAACAAUCCAAGAAGAACAGGAUCAACAGCAUCAAAGUAAACCGAAACGUGUAUCCAAUACCACUACUACUACUACUACAGCAGCGGUGAAAAAACGAAGUAUUCAAGUGGGAGAAGUAGACGUGGAGAAAGAGGAGGACAGCUUAGGAAUAAGAAAGUCACUCUUGGAUAAUCAGUCGAAAAUGAUAGAAGAACGCUUCAGAAAACUGGAAUUAUCCAAUGAUACAAUAUUAGAGUGUUUAAUAAAAAUGCAAGAUGAAUUAAAAUCAGAAUUGGGCAAUUUAAUGAAUCGUAUGAACAGUAUUGAUGAUAGAGUAGCUCAACUGGUUUCAACUAUUGAAAGUAGGACUGCACAAGAUGAUGAAAUUCGUCAAGAAUUGAAGCAUUCUCAGCAGAAACAGCAGCAGCAACAACAACAAGAUAAGUUACAGAAUCAAAAAAGUCAAAGUACAAAAUUUCUUAAAACGAUAUUCACACCACCAUCAUUAUCAUCUACUGCUGCUGCUGCUGCUGAGUCACCUACCUCUUUAAAAUCCCGCCGUACUUCCAAUCUAACGAGUUCUAACAAAAUUCACCCAUUAGAAUAUUCGAUCGAUUCAAAAUUCAGUCACCAGCACCAUCACCAUCAACAGCAGCAGCAACAACAACUGGAUAGGCGAUUAAAACAAGGAUCCUACCAACAAAGUAAAGUUGAACGAGAUCUGUUUAAUUUGAAUAAAAUCGAUGCGUAUGGUACACAGUCAAGGCGUAGUCCACCAAGACAACGUAUAUCACAAUUCUAUAAACAGUAUUCAGGUGAAACAGACAGUCAGUUAGAGCCUUUAUCCACUGAAAGUGAAUCAUCACUUCAGUCAAAUGAACAAAUCAGUAUGCAUAAUCUUCCUUCACAGAUUAUCUCCCCUAGAUAUAAACACACACCUCAUUAUCAAGUACAUCCAUCUAUACCAUUAACUAAUUUCUGUUCUGUUUCCCUGCCAACAUCAAUUACUGAAAUGAAGAGUGCGCGAUCCUCUGUGCCCACAGAAUACAGAUUAUCUCUGCCAUCAGGAGAUGCUGAGAAUUUUUUAUUUCAAACACUUCAUUCACCACAUGUUGAUUUCAGUGUUGAAAUGCAUUCGUGUCGAAAUCCUUUCAUUUCAAAUGUUAGCGUAUCUGCUGAAAAUGUUUCUACACAUGUUACAUGUCACAGUGUAACAACAAGUUCACAAGCACUAAAAUUACCACGCUUAGUUGUAUCAGAAAGUCUGUUACACCAACCAUCGAGUAAUUUGUUGGUUACUCCGUCUGGAAGGACAACACUCUUCUCAGAUACAAAUCUAUUCUCACCUACUACUACCACUGUGCCUAAUUCGUAUAUUACUCCUACUACGACUACUACAGAUAACUAUCAGACGUUUGUAAAUCCAUGGAAUCUUCUUGGCAGUGUAUCACUGUCAGAUACAAUGUCCACUGAGCAAACAAAAUUAUUUGUACCAGACACUUCAAUAAUGACAACAACAACAUCAACAAUAACGCCAAUAGCAUCAAUAUCAUCUAGCCAACAACACAGCAUUUCACAGCACACACCAUCUUCAUUCACCCACAGAACUGCAACAACGCCUACUAGUAGUAAUAAUAGCAGUAAUAAUAACAAUAACAACAGUGCUAAACAGCGCACUUCUAGGGAUUUCACUCUGACUAAACAAUAAAUAUAUUUUUGUGUUUUUUUUAUUACCCACUGCCCAGUCCUCCCCCCCCCAACCAACUAUUCAAAAAUUCCAUGUAAUAAUGAAGCGUCAAAUUAGUCACAGAACAGAAGUGCAUAAAUACAUAUAUUAUCAUUUGUUCAACAUUCAACGCACAUACACACACACACACACAUACAAACAUAUACUCACAUAAACAUCCAAUCAUCCCUAUAUGACGAUAAUAAUAAAAAUAUCUUUCAAAAUACAAUGUGAAUGAAUUUCAAUGAAUAGGUGUACAAACCGUCAUGCAAACCAGACAAAAAGAUUAAUAUAGAGCAGAUUUUUUGAACGGAGGACCACCGACAAUUUUACUAGGAUUUUGUGUUUCACACAAGCUAGAGAGACAGAGAAAUAACAACAGCAACUACAACAACAACAAAA